AUGUCAGGUUCCAACACAACCUACUUCACCAACCCCUCCACCUUCAUCCUGCAGGGUAUUCCUGGCCUGGAGAUGGCUCAAGUCAGGAUCGCCAUCCCUUUCUGUGCCAUGUAUGUUAUCCUCUUCAUUGUGAAAACGGAGCCGAGUUUGCAUGAACCCAUGUACUAUUUCCUCUGCAUGCUGGCCACCACCGACCUAGUUCUGUUUACAACCAUCCUGCCGAAAAUGCUGAGCAUCUUCUGGUUCAAUUCCAGGGAGAUUGAUUUCAAUGGCUGCCUCACCCAGCUGUACUUUAUUCAUGGUUUCUCAGUCAUGGAAUCUGGGAUCUUUGUGGCCAUGGCGUUGGAUCGGUACGUGGCCAUCUGCCAUCCCCUGAGACAUUCCACCAUCCUGACAAACCCUGUGGUGGCCAAGAUCGGCCUGGCCAUACUGCUGCGUGGCUGCAUACUCGCACUGCCCUAUCCCUUCCUGGUGAGGCACUGGCCGUAUUGCAGAACCAACAUCAUCCCCCACACGCACUGUGAGCACAUCUAUGUGGUGAAGCUGGCCUGCGCCGACAUCCAGGUCAGUAGUAACUACGGCCUCUUUGUGGUAUCUUCAGUGACCAGCAUGGACAUGUUUUUAAUCAUUUCAUCCUAUAUCCAGAUCCUCAGGGCCAUCUUCCGCCUUCCUACAAAGGAUGCCCGGCUCAAGACCUUUGGGACCUGCAUCUCCCACCUCUGCGCCAUCUUAGCCUUUUACCUGCCAACCAUCUUCUCCUCUAUCACCUUUCGUUUUGUCAACAAUGUGGCCCUACAUUCCCGUGUUCUGAUUGGUAAUAUCUACCUCCUGGGGCCCCCUAUGCUAAAUCCUAUCAUCUACGGGGUGAGAACCAAACAGAUCCGGGACAGGCUGCUCCGGCUUUUUACUCAUAAAGGAACUUCGUAA